AUACCUGCGUUAAUACAUUAAUACAGCUUCCUUGUUUUUGUAAACAGUAAGACUCGCGAAUAUCGUGGAUAUUGUGAGUAUUGUGAGUGUGAACAGUUAUAUUCUUGUUCCGCGGCAGUCAUUUGUUAGUCAUCUGCCUGUUCACAAGUUGUCGAGCGCAAAAACUACCUCUUUUGUUUAUAGUGCGGCGUGGACGGCGAGAUUCAGUAGCGUUUUUAGCGAGCGCGCGUUAAGUCGUGUGUGAAUCGGAUACUUUUCGUGUCGAGAUCCGGUUUUUGUUUGCACAAAUCACAGCAACUUUCAGUUGAAUUAUUGGUUAAAAAUUGUUUUAAAUUUAACUCGUGAUGAUUAUAAAGUAAUAUAAAGUCAUGAAAUUAUAAUUGAGACAAUUUUGCAAGUGGAUUGUUGUCAUUAAAAUAAUUUGUUUGGUGAUUUAAUACGAAACUUCCGUUUAAAAUGUUUCGUAUUAAAUGUAAUUUUAUAUUGAUGAGUUUUUUACUGAUGGUGAUAAUGUUGAUAACGAUGACAUUAUCAGCUGAUCCAGAAUUGGAAGAGGAAGAAAUUCGUGCGAUCGAUUUUCUAAGGUAUAUGGACGCCGAGGUCAAAGAGUUACGAAAGAAAAGUUUACUUGCCACGUUUAACUAUGACACGAAUAUGACGAAAAUCAAUCGUAAAGCUAUGUAUACUGCCAUAACAGAAGGAAUGAAACGCACGAAGGAAUUGUGGAAUGAAACGAAAAGUUUCAAUUGGAGGACUUAUAAGGACGCGGAUGUCAAACGUCAGUUUUGGUUACGUUCUAACCUAGGAAUUGAAGCCCUUCCGGAGAGUCAAUAUAAAAAAUUGAUGAAACUGACGUAUGAAAUGAGAGAUAUUCUUAAUAAUACGAAAAUACCAUCGUUUGAGGAUCCGGUUAAAGCGGAAAUAACAUUGGAUCCAGAUAUUAAGCAUGUUUUGGCAACUAGCAGCAACCAAAACGAACUCCAGCACACCUACAACGAAUACGUGCGACUUGUCGGCGAGAAAACAAAACCCUUGUACAAAGAAUCCGUGGAAAUAAUUAAUGACAGCGCAAAAUUGAACGGAUUCGCUGACGCUGGCGACGAAUGGUUAUCAACUUACGAAGAUUCCAAGUUUAAAUUAACCGCACAAAAUUUAUACAAAGAUAUUAAAAUGCUCUACGCUCUAUUACACUCUUACGUAAGAUAUAAGCUACGCGUGAAAUACGGCGAAGUUGUGAGUAAAAAUGGACCGAUUCCUAUUCAUCUUACUGGUGGAUUACAUGGAGAUUCUUUUGAACAUCUGUAUCAAUUAGUUAAACCAUUUCCUGAGGUUGCAGAUGUGGAUUAUGAUCAAGAAAUAAUCAAACAGAAUUAUGAUACAGAAAAAGUAUUAAAACUAGCUGAGGAUUUCUACGUCUCCUUAAACAUGAGUGAAUUACCCGAAUUAUUCUGGAAUCAUUCAGUUUUCCAGAAACCCAAAGACGGCGAAAUGUCUUGCGUAGAAAAAGCGUACGAUAUCGAACCGGAUGAUCCCAGAAUAAAAACAUGCGUGAAAAUUUCCCGAGAAGGUUUACGACAGGCUCACAGAGAUAUAGGUCGCAUUGAAUAUUUUCUACAGUUUGGAGAUUUACCGCAAGUUUAUCGCAAUUGGGCUAAUGAAGCAUUUGGUGAGGCAGUGGGUAAUUCAAUUGCGCUGUCUUUCAUGUCACUGAGACAUGCGAAGAGUAUUAAUCUGACGAGUUCUGAAUUGAGUGAAGAAGCACACAUGAAUAAUGCAUUUUAUAUGUUGUUGCAAACAUUGCCAUUUAUGACAUUUGCGUAUGCAGUGGACACGUGGCGUUGGGAUGUUUUUAACGGGAAUAUUACAGAGGCUGAUUAUAAUUGUAAGUGGCGGAAAAUUGUUGAAGAUAUACAAGGAUUGGAGGCUCCUACAGACCGAUCAAGUAAUGGUUUUGAUAUAUCUACGGAUUAUAACCUGGUAUCAAAUGUUCCAUAUAUUAGGUAUUUUGCUGGGAAAAUUCUGGAAUAUCAAUUCUACAGAGCUAUGUGCCUCAAAUCCAAUGAAUAUGUGCCGCAUGUUUUUGGAAAAGAGUUGUAUAAAUGUGAUUUUUAUGGAAGUGUUACCGCUGGAAAUGAUUUAAAGGCUAUGUUGCGUUUGGGUUCAUCUAAACCGUGGGUGGAAGCUCUGCAUGUUUUAACUGGUCAAAAUUAUUUAGAUUCCAGUGCAAUAAUGGAGUAUUAUAAACCUGUGCAGAUGUGGCUGGAAGAUGAGAUUGAGAAACUGAACAUUCCAAUCGGAUGGAUUAAAAGUACAAAAGUGUGCCAUCAAACAAAACAAGAGAAAUCAAUGGAAUAGUAGUGCAUGUAAUUUUGUAUUUGUAUUUGAUUAAUAAACUAUUCUAAACUGA